GGCCCAGGAAACCCCGGCACAUGUCUCAAGCCCUUGCCGAACGAACUGGGAAACCCCAUGCCAGGUGAUCAGAGGAAUCACCUGUUCCUCGUUUCAGGUGGCUGUCUUAAGCCCCUUGUUUCUGAGCUUCGUUGCUCAGUCAUGAGGUUUCUACCCGAGGGACAGUCAACUCUUUAUGCUCACCUGCGCCUAGCAAGAACUCACUCCUCUGAUGUAUUGAUCCUUGUUCACCGCAGCUCACGUUGUGCUUAUACAAGAUCCUAACAAGCACCAGAGCCAGAAGAGCAGCCAGGGUCCUCAUGUUGACAGAAGUGCUGCUGAUGAUGAGGGAGCCUGGAGAGAAGAGACGGCCUGUGUGAAGACUGAAGAUGAUAUGACUGCAGUGCAUUAGUUGACCUCUUAUAUGGAAGAAUGGCUGGGAAUAUGUCAAAUCCAAUAUUCAGAAAAUCUGCAUGCCAUUUGCCUUCUUAUUCAUUGAUGUUUCUCUCACACACAGCUACAUUUGAUGUUCAUUCUGUUGCACUGUAACAACUCCAGUCAAUAUCCCAUUACUCACACAUGAGCUUUCAUGGGGUAUCUCCUGCUGGUGAUGUAGUAAGACACAACCUUGCCCAGUGCAAUAGCUUCAUGAUAGUGUUUAUCCUAGCAUGUGUGUGUAGUGGGGAUGUACUGAACUGUAACAAUAACUUCUUAUAUUUUCAGGAGUUUCUCUCACACUCAGCUACAUUUGAUGGCCAUUGUGUUGCACUGUUCUGAUGUAUCAAUUCAGUGGUUUCCACUCACCACUAACUGAGAUGAGCGAGCGAGAACAGCAGCAGAAGUAGAUCUGACUGGAGUAUACUGAGCCCCUUGCUUAACUAGAGGAUUCAGAAACUGACAACUAUCUUCUUGGAGAGUCUGUGUGUGUGUGUGUGUGUGAACGUGUAUGGGAUAUUCCUUUUUUCUGUGGUUCCAGUCUUCCCCUCAGCAUGUUUCUCCGUAUGCACCAAGCCAAUGCUACUGGAGGAGGAAGAAUCUCUAGGAAGAACACCAUUGACUGUAGACCACUUCCAGUUGGCAGAAUACUGAAUUACCUCAUUCUUAUAGAGAACAAUUACAAAUGACACUCCAGUGAAUGAAGCACAUAACUUUGUAAGCAAGAAUUCCUGGAGACACUCUUCAGACAAAACAUAUGUGGAAGCGUGCUUGUUUUUUGGAGGAAACCAAUGAAAAAGAGGAACAACCUUGUCUUCAAAGAAUGUAAAUGCUCACUCAGCAUCAGCAGCACUUCUGUCAACAUGAGGACCCUGGCUGCUCUUCUGGCUCUGGUGCUGGUCAUCUCAGUUAAUGGUCAGUAUGGUGUCACUAACCACAUAUGCUGUGCAAGACACUACUCUCAAAGGAUUCCAGCAGGCAAGGUGGUUUCUUACUCCACGACCAGCAGUGGAUGCCACCUGAAAGCUCAUGUGUUUAAAACAGUGGCAAAAAAACAGUUCUGUGUAAACCCAGCCCUGCCCUGGGUAAAGAAGAUUGUCACCAAGUUGGACAAGAAGCCAAGUGCUGCUUAAACCUCCCAUCUGUAAAUUAAUCACCAUCUAUGUUGGUUUCUGCAGAACUCCCACCAGGACAUUCCUGCAUUGUCUGAUGAAAGUGAUUCAUUCAACUGACUUAAGCUAAUUUAAUCUCUGAAUGUGGCAGCUAUUGUAUCAUAAGAUAAUAUUUAUAAUAAAAUGAAGUUUUUGUUAAAUAAA